AUGUUACUAGCAGAGGCCUUGGCAGAGAGAGCCGAGGCACAGCGGCAAUAUGAACAGGUGAUGCAGCGAUUACUGCGAGUUGUACGAGUACAAGAGGGAGAUGCCCCCGUAGAGGAUCCUGAAGAACUGCUCGCGAGUGCCAACGGGAUUUUGGACCGUAUGGAAUGGCUGAUCCGGUGUAUUAACCGGACGAACAUGAUGACCUUGAUGGAUGAGAAGCAUACGCUGACAGAUGCGAUAGCAUUUCGAGAUAUGGCUCUAAAGCGACGGAAGCUGUAUUCGGAUGUGGCAGCCAAGGCCAGUACGGGUCAAGAUCGGUACUCACGGAGUGAAAUUAAGUAUGUGAACGUGAUGGACGUACGGGAGAUGCAAAAGAAAGUGGACAAGCUAGCAGCAGAGUACCGUCACCUGGACACACGCAUACAAAAAAUGAACUGGGAGGUGGCGUUAAUCGAGAGGUGA